UUUCGUGAGGUGGACUAUGAGGUGUAUGGUUGUUAGGUUAUAAUUUAGUUAUAAUAACUUUUUUUGCUUAAAAGUAAAGAAAAUUUAAUAAAAAUGAAGAUCCUUACAAACGAGAAUAAUACCUCGACGCUGAAAUUAUUAAUUGCCGCCAACUUGGCCGGCAAAAAAGUGGAAAUGCAAUAUGUUUCCUUUGAAGGCGUGUUCGCAGGCCCUCGCUCGCUGCCACUCCUCGAGGUGGACGACCAGCUCGCCUUCUUCUCCAGCAAUGCUGCCACGCAGUACCUGUUUCCGGUGCUGGACAUGUCGCAGAAUGGGCAGAGCGAACAAAUGCAAGAAUGGGAGGCGACGAGACUGCAACCUGCCGUGUCGGCGGUGCUCGCCGCCAAGACGGUGCCGGCUGAUCUCAAGCAAGCGCUGGACGCACUGCUACAACACGUCGAGGCCAUCAUCGCCGCUAAGAAAUAUUUAUUUGGGGACAUGCUGUCAGCAGCCGACAUUUCGUUAUGGAGCACCCUGUACCCCGUGUACCACAGCGAAGCCCUAAAGACAUACUUGGCUCCAUAUAAAAACACGCUGCGGUGGUACGCUGACAUCGCACAGGCUAAAGCUGUUCAGGAAGCAGUAAAGCAGUGGGGCGGUUCAGUGGAUAAGCCUUUCGCUCCAGUCUCGGCUUUGGGUGCUCCGCAAUUGGCCAGUCUGGCGUCUCCUGUUGGCACCCCAAUGGAAGGACCAGCAGUUGUACCAGGACCGACAGAUGAAGAAAUGGCCAGUGCCAAAGAGAGCUGGGAAAACGGCCGCAGUCGGUUACAGGCGCCACUAAAGCAGGACAAAUUCGCAAUGCCAGUGAAUGACAGAAGAAACGUGUUGAUCACGUCGUCCCUACCCUACGUGAACAACGUACCGCAUUUAGGGAACAUCAUUGGUUGCGUGUUGUCCGGAGACAUUUUUGCCAGAUAUUGUAGAUUGUGUGACUACAAUACAAUAUACAUAUGCGGGACGGACGAGUAUGGAACAGCCACUGAAACCAAAGCUCUACAAGAGGGGGUCACACCACAACAGAUUUGCGAUAAGUAUUUCGAAAUCCACAACUCCGUAUAUCGCUGGUUCGACAUAGGAUUUGACCACUUUGGACGGACCACUACACCCGAACACACACAAUUAGUUCAAAAGCUUUUCUUGCAAGUGAAUGAAAAUGGGUUCAUUAGUUCACAAACCGUCGAUCAACUGCACUGCGAAAAAUGCAACAAAUUCUUAGCUGACAGGUUUGUAGAAGGCACCUGCCCGCACCCCGGAUGCCUAUAUGAAGACGCCAGAGGCGACCAAUGCGACAAGUGCGGCAAGCUCGUCAACGCGAUAGAACUUAUAAAGCCGCGCUGCAAAAUAUGCGGAGACUCGCCGGCGGUGCGGCCGAGCGAGCAACUCUUUAUAGAUCUGGCACAGUUGGAACCAUCACUACGCUCAUGGUGGACUAAAGUAGAACACGGUUGGUCGCCUUCAGCCCGCGCCGUCGCACGCUCCUGGCUGCGGGAACCACUCCGCGCCCGCGCCGUCACCAGAGACCUGAAGUGGGGCGUCCCGGUCCCGGUCGAGGGGUUCACCAAUAAGGUAUUCUACGUAUGGUUCGACGCCCCGAUAGGGUAUUGGAGUAUAACUCAAUGUCUCACUAAAGACUACGAGAAAUGGUGGAAACCUGACAAAGAUAUACAUGUGAAGCUGUACCAAUUCAUGGCUAAAGACAAUGUGCCAUUCCACGCUAUAAUGUUCCCGACGGCGAUUAUCGCGGCCAACCAGGGCCAUGUGCUUGUUGACCACAUCUUCGCUACAGAAUACCUUAACUACGAAGAAGGGAAAUUCUCAAAGUCAAGAGGAGUGGGAGUUUUCGGGACAGAUGCUCAGGACACCGGAAUCCCGUCUGACGUAUGGCGAUUCUACCUAGCCAGCGUAAGGCCUGAGAGUUCGGAUUCCAGCUUCAGUUGGGUUGAACUCGGUACAAGAAAUAACUCCGAGCUGCUGAACAACCUGGGCAACUUCUGCCACCGUUCGCUGAGUUUUUGCGCCAACUCGUUCAAGGGGAGAGUUCCGGAGCUCCGCGCCACUCGCCAUGAUUUAGAACUCAUGGCGCUUGUCAAUAGAGAGCUCGUUGCUUACGUCCAACACAUGGAGAAGGGGCGACUAAGAGAAGCCCUAAAACAUGUCCUUCUCAUAUCCAAACUUGGAAACCAACAUAUGCAGUCGUCACAACCGUGGGUGCUACUUAAAGGAACAGAUGAUGACAAAGAACGCGGUUCAACAGCUAUAGCAAUGUGCUGUCAACUAGUAGCAUUGCUAUGUGUGUUGCUAACACCAUACAUGCCUGCCACCGGGCGUCGCUUACGGGACCAGCUUAAAGUGACCCCUGACACUCUGAGACUCAACCCCAAAAAUCCAUCGUUCAUCCAAUACCUGCCGGCGGGACAUGUGAUAGGCAAGCCGGAGCCACUCUUCACCAAGAUAGAGCCGGAGGUGCUCGAGAAACUGAGAGCCAAGUACGCUGGCACGCAGGACGAUAGAGAAAAAAAGCAAAACGGUGACGUCACAAGUGUGGGAAGCAUGGCCGAAUUAGAGAAAGCUGUGGCGGAACAGGGUGAGAAAGUUCGGAAACUCAAAGCGUCCACUAAGGACAAGGCAGUAUGGACACCGGAAGUGAACAAACUGCUUGAACUGAAGAAACAGCUGACGGCUGCGCAGUCGCAGCCGCAAGCCCCGCCCACUUCCGCUUCCGUAGCCGACUUGGAGAAGGCAGUGGCUGAACAGGGCGAAAAGGUGCGACAACUUAAAGCGUCCACCAAAGACAAGGCGGUUUGGGCACCGGAAGUCAACAAACUGCUCGAGUUGAAGAAACAGCUGACGGCCGCGCAGCAGGCCACGCCCACUUCCGGUGCGGCCGGCGACAGUGUUGCCAGCUUGGAAAAAGCUAUCGCGGAGCAGGGCGACAAAGUGCGAAAGCUGAAGGCCUCAACAAAGGAUAAGGCAGUAUGGACCCCAGAGGUCAACGUCCUCUUGGACCUCAAGAAACGACUCGCGGCCCUACAUACCAAGUAGACAGUAUACGGUGGGGGUUAAGGGAGGGUUAAAGGCAUUUCGCGGUUAAAAUAUCUGCUAUCAAAGAGAAUUAAGAAGACAAGAGUGCUCACUCCAUUCAUCGGUUUUGUUACAAAAAGACUAUUAUUUUCGUAGUCUACAUCUGGCGUCGAAUAGCGGAACUAUCAACUAUCAACUCUUGUCUUUUUAUAGACCGCGGGCCAGGAACAGAUUUCCAUGACCAAUCGCCUCCCGGGUGAAAACUCGUAUAGUGGUUAACGGCUAUGUAUGAUGAACCCUCGUGAACGUCAGCUGCCGCUCCGUUGGUGGGUUGAGGAAUGGCAGCAAAUAAAUUCUAUAAAAAAAAAAUUGUCAUCGCCUCCCGCUUGAUACUUUGUCAGAUGAUAGUUUAGAUGCUAUUGUGAAUAAACAAAAUCGUCAGCCGAUUGUAUCGCUGUGGAAAGACCGUCAGCUGGUCAUAUGAAGAUGUAAAAAAAAAAUAUUUUCAGUCAUCGGCGUCAUCGCCUCCCGUUUGUUAUUUUGUCAGAUGAUAGUUUAGAUGCUAUUGUUAAUAAAAAAAAUCGUCAGCCUGUUGUAUCGCGGUGGAAAGAUCGUGUUACGCGUUUCGGUAGCUGCCAUUCCUCAACCCACCAACGGAGCGGCAGCUGACGUUCACGAGGGUUCAUCAUACAUAGCCGUUAACCGCUAUACGAGUUUUUGCCCGGGAGGCGAUGACUGACGAAUUUUGCGCCUGGCUCGCGGUCUAUUAAUUCUCUUUGCUGCUAUAGAAUUAAGGCAUAACAACAUAAUGUAAAGGAUAGACCACACCAAGACCAUUUUGUUUAAAGUUACGCACUUAACUUUUUUUCACAAUGGCCCAUCAGAGCGCAGCGACGUACUAGUUACGUUUUUGUCAUACAUAUAUGUGGCUUUCCAUCAGAGAAGUGUCCUUUUUUCAUGUGCAAGGACAAUUCUAUCAGAAUUUCUGUUGGAAUUUUAGAUAAAAAGGUCCUUAUUGAAGCACAAGGGCCCUAUGCCACAUGAAAAAGCCACAUAUCGUGACUAAUUUGAAAAAAACUCGUAUCUUGUUCUGUCAAUCAAAAGAAAAAUGUGGUAACUAUGUAUGGAAUGCAUACAGUUACUGCGUUUUAACUUUGAGUAUCAUAGCAGUGCGAGAUACGAGUAUAUCUAUUUACAUAAAGAUAAUAUUUCGCAAGUAACAAAUUAAAAAUGAAAUUUACUAUUUGCUAAUCCGUCAAGUGGACGAAAACUAGAACAUGUACGGAAACUAGCCCAAUGACCCUAUUUAAAAUGCAAUAAAUUUCAGUUGUAACCCAUUUUUUCGUUAUGCGACCUACUAUGACGCACAUGAAUUAUUUAUUACCAGAAAAUAAAUUAUUUAUUACCA